AACAGUCAUAAUGGUUGGUUAGAUGAAUAGCCAACCAUCUGCUUACGGGCCUAUCAAACUAAAUUAAAUUAAAUCAAAUAAUUCAACAUCUUAUACCCUCUCACCUCCCAACUCUGAAUCUCAAGCUCUCUAAUCAUCUACCUUCUCCAACAGUGGCCGGAAAUAGGAAAAUGGCUGGUCUAUUUGACAAGCAGGCAGAGAUAUACGUGGAAGCUCGGCCAACAUAUCCCAAGGAAUGGUAUUCAAAGCUGGCUGCUCUCACCCCACAACACUCUUUAGCUUGGGAUGUUGGCACUGGCAAUGGCCAAGCUGCUCUUGGUCUUUCAGAGCAUUACGAGCAAGUAGUAGCAAGUGAUAUAAGUAAAGCACAGCUGAAACAUGCCAUCCAGCACCCUCGAGUUCGAUACAUUCACACUCCAACAUCAAUCUCAGACGAUGAAAUGGUCAACUUGAUAGGGGGCGGUCAUGAGAAUUCAGUGGAUUUGAUUACUGUGGCAGAGGCUGUUCAUUGGUUUGAUCUCCCAAAGUUCUACUCGCUUGCCAAACGCCUUCUGCGUAAACCAGGAGGCAUAAUUGCUGUUUGGGCCUACAACAGAAUGCUGGUAAACCCAGAUUUUGAUCCUGUAUUUGACCGUUUCCGCGAAAACUCUAUACCAUUUACGCACCCAAACUCAAAAUACGUAAGGGCGGCUUACAAGACGCUUCCUUUUCCAUUUGAGAGCGUUGGAUUGGGUCGUGAAGGUGAACCUAUCACAGUUGAAAUACCAAAGGAAUGUUCAUUUCAGGUGGUUGAGAGGAUGUUGAGGUCUUACUCUGCAGUCACUAGAGCUAAGGACCAGGGAGUGGACUUGUUGCCUGAAGAAGUGAUAAAAGAGUUUCAAAGAGCUUGGGGUGGGCAUGAUCUGGUUAGAUCUUUUAAGUACGAGGCUUUUAUGCUGGUGGGAAAGUUGUAAUGCUUUUGUAAUGUUGUAUUGGCAUGGGGAUAGAACAGACUGAUGCCUAUUUUCCCAAACAAUAAAAUUUCCAAACCAAAGCCCUCGGCUUGUAAUACCAAGGCAUAUCCAAUAGGAAAUGAUCCUGCAACCAUGGCAUUUCUCAUAAGAUUUCUAAAGGUUGAUGAUAUUCACAUUC